AUGAGAGCAAUACUGGAUGCACACCCAUAUGUUAGAUGGUUUGGGGUAAACGAUUAUGCCACAGAAAGUUCGAGAAUUUAGUGGUGGCGAAACUAUGCUUUUGCCGAGUUUUCUGACGUGGCAAGCUGGAUGGCGGAAUGAUUGGGUCAACAAUUCAGGAAUCACUGGAGAAGUUUUCGAUGAUGCCGUUUCAGCCUUUAUCACAGAGGUUUGAAAAUGUAUUGGCAUGAUACAAACAGCUUUUUAGAUUAUUGCCAAGCACGGAGAGUUGGCUCCACGACUGUGCAACAAAGAUCCUUAUACGGCACUCUGGGUACCCACUAUCCGCAGACUUUACCCUAAUUCCAAAUUCAUUCUGAUGCUCCGUGAUGCUCGAGCAGUCAUUCACUCUAUGAUAGAAAGAAAAGUUCCGGUGGCUGGUUACAACACCUCUGAUGAAAAUGUUAGUUCGACGAGCUCCAAUUGAUAGAAAUCGUCAUGAACUUUCAGGGCAUGUUUGCUAAAUGGAAUCAGGAGAUUCGCAAAAUGGUGUUUCAAUGCAAUAAUGCUCCGGGCCAAUGCAUCAAAGUGUAUUAUGAGCGAUUGAUACAAAAACCUCAGGAUGAGAUACAGAGAGUCACCAACUUUCUUGACCUACCGUACUCCGAUCAAAUGUUACGACAUCACGAGCUCAUUGGCGCUGAAGUUGAUUUGAAUGAGUAAGGAACGGGGUUACUAACAACUUUGACUUCUUUAUUUUCAGACAAGAAUUUUCGGCGUCACAAGUAAAAAAUUCGAUCAACACGGAUGCUCUCACAUCGUGGUUCAACUGUUUCAGCGAGGACACUCUCGGCAAGCUAGAUGAAAUUGCUCCAUUUUUGAGCAUUCUCGGAUACGACACAUCCAUGUCGAAACCAGAUUAUUCUACGUUUGCGAAAGAUGAAUUUUAUAGAUUCCGUAGUAUUUAUUCAUAAUUCAUGGCAUCUUAUUUUGAGAUAAAAUUUAUUGUUUUUGCACACGUGAACUGAGAGGGUAAUAACGUUUUGUACAACUUCUUCAUUAUUUUUAGUGCAAGAGCAUGAGAUUUUGAACAAAAAAAUGGCUCAAAUCGUGGAAGUAAGUAGAUUCACGUUGACUCACUCCGAGGAUCGGUUUCAGAACUCUACUGCAUCCGCAUAUUCACUGGUUGCUGCACCUCCAUCCACUCCUGCGAUAAACCAUGACGACGACGUCUUCGCUCUUCUCUACAAGAUCCUCUCUUCGCCACUGGUUUUUCUCGAUCACGAGCCAGAGGGCCUUCCAAUUUUUCACAUAGAUGUGGGAAUCACCGUUGAAGAGAUCAAAGUGCUGACCGAGAAGAUGAAAAAGUCGUUUCUGGAGCAGCCCACUUUGCUCCAACUCAACAGCGAUCCGGUGAACGUUGUUGCUGAUCUGCACGGCCAAUCCAUUCAUCUGCUUCGAAUUCUGAAUGCAUGCGAGCCGCCGCCCAAUCAAAAGUACUUAUUUCUCGGCGAUUACGUAGAUCGAGGAUCUCAGAGCAUCAUCGUCAUGUGUCUUCUGUUUUGUCUCAAACAUCGCUACCCCGACAGCGUUUACUUGCUUCGUGGCAAUCACGAGGACAUAAACACGACUCUCAACUACGGAUUCUACGACGAAUGUCUCGAAGCUUACAAGAGCGUGGAAGUGGGUCUGGAGGUGUGGAAGAUGUUCAUCGAGACGUUUAAUUGCAUGCCCCUGGCGGCCACAAUCGGACUGAAAGUGUUCUGCGCGCACGGUGGCAUCUCUCCGUGGCUCCAAUCGCUUGAGGAUAUCAAUGCUGUGAGAUACUUCCGCAACUUUUCCAUAUUUGCGAAACUUCAUUUCUAGAUCGAGCGUCCUCUGGUGAUUCCUCCGUUCGGACUGCCCUGCGAUCUUCUCUGGUCGGAUCCAGCUCAGCCGGAAAGGAGUGGUUGGGGACUGAGCCAUCGUGGAAUCUCUUUCACCUACGCCCGAAACGUCGUCGAGGAAUUCUGCGCGAACAAUGAUAUUCAAUUGAUACUGCGCGGUCACCAGCUGUUCAAAGAGAUGUACCCGUACGGAUGUGUGAUCCGAUUCGGCGGACGUCUUCUUUCACUUUUCUCGGCGCUCAACUACGAGCUGCACAAGAACAACAGCUCCGUUCUCAAACUGGAGUUCGGAUCCAAAAUUAAAGUGAAACAGGUGGUCUUUCGAUGCCGUCACUACGUACCGGUGAAACUCACUGACACCCUGGGCUACAAGGACUUGAAAGCAGCAUCAAAGAAGUCAAAGUGGCCCAAAAUUGAUAAUUUAUUAAGUAGAAGUUGAAAAAAUAUGAAGAUUACUUGAGCCAAUUACUGAUGAAGUGCCUUGUGUGGUUUUAGAGCCAAUGCCAACAGUUACACCGGAAUUGGGAAGGGUUACAGAAAGAAAAGAGGCUGGGAAGGGUCUGAGGAUCAAGGAACAUGGGAAUAG